GCGCGCAAAUUACGAUGGCGAAUUUUGAACCACCGUCGUUCUCUCUGGGGCUCGAUUUGGAUACCCAAUUGGAUUCUCCAAUCGCCAUCCGACCCAUCGAUCCAUCUCCUCAAGCUCCCUCUACCCAUGCCGGCGUUCUUGGGGACAAUAUCGACACUCUCGAGCAGGCGGAAGUCAUGGACUCGGAUCCUGAACCCGAACCUGAAACGACCCGAGUGCUGAAGCGCCUUAGACGGGGUUUCGGAGCCGGACCCACAAACCAGAUAGUGCCGCCGCUUUCAGAGAAGAAGCAAGAAGUUGAGCGGCGGAGUUGUGGUGUCAAUGGUGAUGAUGAGAUUGAAGAGUUCUCUUCACAGGAGGAAGAUUUGCUAAUUAGAGAUCGGCAUCCAUCAGCACAACAUCAGUCUGUGUGUAGCAGUUCGAAGAUCCCGUUGCGUGGACAUGGAGUUUUUACCACACAACCAUUGAGAAAGUCCGGGAAAAGGGAACAAGGUUCUGAUGCACCCUCUUCUGCAAGUUUGGCUACAAACCAGAAUGGAUGGAUGUUUCCAAAGUUAACUAUUAGUCCUCUUCGGAAGUUUCAGUUGCUUGAUUCUGAUUCCGAGUUAGAUACUGAUCAGCCUUCUAUCAGCAAAGAUGUAAGCAAAGGAGCUCGUAGAAUUAAUUCAUCCUCAAAGGAAGCAGCAUGUUCUGCAAGCGAACAAAAGAAAACAAGGCCACUGGAUAUGCAUCACAAUGAGGAUUUAUGGAAGGACUUAUGUCCAACGAAGAGCUCUCAAAUUCCAACACCUGUUCUGGAUGAGUUCUGUCAAGAAUAUUUCCAAUCUGCCAAGGAUAAGGGUACAGCUUCGGAUGAUGCGUGUGUAGGUAACAAUAAAGGGCCUUACACAUAUACGAACAGCUGUGGAAACUUUGAGCAGUGCUGGGAUUCAUCCGAUCCUCUUCCUCCUUCUCAUCAUUACUUUUUCCACGAUGACCCAAGGAUUCAGAAAUUGGUCCGGAGUCGCUUGCCAAACUUUUCCCCACUAGGCAUUGUUGCAAAGAGAGGAAAUCAGCAGCCUUGCGCAUCGGUUAUUGAUUAUAUGAGCCAAUUUAGCAACGGAGAAGCUUCUAAACAGAAAGGAACUCAGAAAAUUAUAAAUAAUAAAAGCUCAACUAGGGGAAGAAAAAAAUCAGGACAACCAAAUACUCAAGAUUUGCAUGCUUCUGAAGGCUGGGUGGACCCAAAAGGCAGUGCAAUUCCAAAGGAUGCUGGCAAAAGAAGAGUUCAUGCAAAUGGUCAAUCAGCCGGCCAUUGGUAUACUUCACCAGAGGGAAGGAAGGUUUACAUCUCCAGAAGUGGGCAGGAGUUGACAGGGCAAUUUGCUUAUAGACAAUAUAGAAAGGAGAGCGGCAUUAAGAAGUCGAAAAAGAAAACUGGCAGCAAGAAUAAAAACGCCAAGAGAUGACAUUUACAUAUAUACCACACAUUUGAUGUCAUUUCUCAGUGCUGUAGAUUUUUGUAAUUGGUUUCAUAAACCUGCAUUCUAGUUGUACAGUUGUUUUGAAUCAUUAAGAAAGUAUAAUAUUGCCUAUCUUUCACUUCUUUUAAUCCUUUGAGUUUGUAAGAAAUUACAGAUCCUUGGUGUUUUGUACUUAAUAC